AUGGUUUCUAAAGAGGAGAAUGCGAACAUCAAAAAGGGGGAGGAAAGCGACGCAUAUUUGCAGGAGCGUGGGAUAAAUAAUAUUAUCGAGAACCUUUUGCACGAUAUCACAAAAUGUAGACCGGAUGAUCACUUGGAGUUUAUGAAAGAGUGGUUGGCGACUCGAGAAACUGGAAAAAAAGAAUUUUCUGAUGGGAAUGAAGCGAAGCAGAUGAUCGAAUCACCACUUGAACGCGAGGCGACAGUUGGGGAAACGAGUGAAUUCAUUUCGGAAACAGUUCCCGAAUUUGCCUUUUUCCAACCCGUGAAGAAACCAUCAACGGUGUCGUGGGCGCUGGGUGCACGCGGUGUUGACAGCAGUCGUGCAUUAUUUACCUCCUCCAGAAAAUCUCCGCAACCAAUCGACUCGGUUAACACCACAUCAUCAUCUUCAGGCAGCUCGGCACUUCAAAACAAUUUAAGUGUUGCUGCUCAAGGCGUUUCAAUGUGGGUCCCUUCCGCUGCUCCUCUUAAGGCAUCGCCAGCAAUUCCAUCCAAUCCAUUACCUUUAUCACCCACAACAUCAGAAGGGCUCGUGAGUUGUGGAGAGCUGCCGUCGUCAGUGAAAAAAAUAAUAGAAGGAGUGCGGGGACUGUCGCCAGCCGACCACACAGCAGUAAUAGCGUUUAUUGACGGUUUGGCUAACAGAGCAGCAACCACACGAUUAGGAAGGAGAAAGUUGUCAAAUACGCGGGGAUCAUUCGGGGUUAAUUUCAACGUUGAUAGUUGUGGUCCCACCAUGAGCGAGGGAGCCGUGCCACCAUGUAUUAGUUUGUUAGUGGAUGAUGACGGUAAUGUGGGAGGGGAACGUAAACUCUCUUCGGUUCAAUUACAACAAUUAGUUGGCGAUGCCUUAACAACAAGCAUGAUUGCAACUGGGGAAAUAUUCAUGGAGGAGGAAAGAGCGGGUCAGUUGUCGGCCUCCACCACCCAAGGGGCGAGCACAUUAGGAAGGAGGGUGAAAAAAGGAAGUAACUUGCAAUUGGCACGUUUUACCGAUUGUUUUUCCAUGAGUGAUCAGAUUCUUCCUGGUUCGAACGGCGGCGUCGGCAGCGGCUCGGGUCCCAAUGACGGAGCAACGGAUUUGUCGCAAAUGUUUUCGAGUGUUGAUGAGUUUGCUGCCGUUCCAGUUAGUUUUAUUCAACAAUAUAUGCAACACAGUCGGCUCUCCUCAACCGUUAGUAGGGUUGAUAGCGAGUACUCUUCGGGGGCGACCGUCAGCAGUGAGGAUGAGGUAAGUGUGUUGCGUAAAGCUUUUCGGGCAUGUAAGCGCUUCUCCGACUAUAGCGAAACAGAAAUAGAGGUACUCGCUCGUAAUGCGCAAAGGUUGGAACUGCUUGCUGGUCACACAUGUAACUUCAAGGACUCCAUUUUCUACGUGCAUAGUGGUUUGCUCCGCGUAGAGAACAAUGAAGGUGUUCUUCGUGAACUUCCGGCAGGAACCUUCCUUGAUGCUCAAUCCUGCGAGCAGCUUAAUGAUGCUAGGGAGCCGCUCGAGGUGCGUGCAGUAUCUGAUGCACUAGUUUUGAUGUUGAAGGACGAGGCAUUGGGAACCAUUCAGGAGAACGAAAAAAAACUGAAAAAACGGAUGUUCGUAAGAUGCCUGCAGAAGUCACCGCUUUUUGCAACAGUCCCGCUGAAACUUCUGAAAAACAUAGCCAAUUAUAUGCAUGUGCGAACGGUGGUCCAGGGAAAGGUAUUGUUACGGAAAGGAGAGCAUGUGGAUUGGCUUUCAGUAGUUAUCAGUGGCACGGUUAGUAGAGUAGUAGCCGGUGGCAAUGGGAAUCAUGAAGUAUUGCCGCAGAAUAAGCAGAAAGGUGGCCCAUCAUCCUGUGCUGCUCCGUACAUUUUACCACCCGAAUCCCAGAGCGGAUUUGAGUUUGGUGAGCUUGAACUUCUGUUUAACUCGCCGAUGCUUACGGAUGUUGUUGCAACGACACCGGUAACUCUGGCACGAGUUUGCACAGCAUUUGUACACUCACUGCUACCCCACCAAAUAAUCAACGAUAUGAAAUACGCUGUUGCUACCAAUCCAUCAGCUGGACCUCUUUUGACCAUAGCACCGGAUGCAGUUCGUCACUCAGUUAAGAUGUUUAUGGAGCAUUACUGUCAGUCAAAACGGUUGGGUGGAAGCCGACUGCGCAAAAGAAUUAGUGUUAGCUCAACCGGGACAAAUUCUACAAGAGGAUUUGCAGAUAGCGUCAGAUGUGGAGUACUCGCAUCCGGAGCCAAAGCGAGUGGCGGAGCAAACAAUCUCAAAGUGAGUUCGGCGGGAGAGAUUGUGUAUGCUGGAAAAUGUAAUUAUUACCGCUUUCCUAUAGCUGCUCUUGGGUUGGGGAACACAGUAGUGGUUGCCGUUGUAUCGGAUGGUACAAUUAUCCGCUGGAAUGAUAGCGCCGAGCGCAUCACGGGGUUUUCGAGGCAGCAAGUGCUUGGGCACAGCGUCUUCUCUUCACUCACUACCGAUUCUGCCCGGCGCUCCAUGCGUGAGCAGUUGAAACUCGUGCGAAACGUUGCUGGGAACUGGAACCAGUACGUCAGUGCGGGUCUUUCUUCUCCACAAGUGUAUCGUUUUCGUCAGGCGUCUGGAACACACUCCGUUGGGUUACUUUUGAGUGUUAUUCCUUCUUCUGCGGGGUCCAAUGAAGAUGUUUUGUUACUUGUCGGGCGUGAAGCGGAUAACAAUGCCAUGACAAGUUACGUUGAGGAUACCACCCGGUGGUUGAAUGACGUUCUGCGGCCGCAGCUGUCGGCGUUCCGUAAACGUGUGUGUGAAUAUGAAGAAAGGAAGUGGAAUAUUACUUUGGAGGAAGGCGCAAAGCUUCAUGGCUAUGUGGAGGCGUGUAACCAACUUAUGGACCGUUACAUGCGCCUUGCUAACCUAAACAAACAUUCAGUAGAUGCUCUGUGGAAACCGGUGCGGAUGCAAAAUGUGUUACGACAGUUUCUGCAGGAGGUGACACCUCAUGUACAGCGGGCUGGGAACAAGCUUACCACAGACGUUGUGGCAGGGCCCAAGGGCGAGGUAUUUCUUCAUGUGGAAUACGUGCUGGAUGUACUGCGUGGAAUGGUACUUGAUGCUAACAAGAAUAGACCCAACUAUCAUAUGCAUAUCGUUGUUGAGGCUGUUUUGCCCACCACUAUGCAUCAGGAUAGUACAACAAUGCCCUGCCAGGGUGAAAAGUCCACUUCCUGUGACUUGGCAUUUCACUCCGUCUUGGAUCAAUCGCGAGUGAGUCUCGACACACCCCACUGCACAACAUCGCAAAUAACCGCGAGUGAAGACAGCAUUCGACAACGCUCUGCUCACUCUCCCCGGCAAUUAAGUAAAUGGCCCUCAUAUAUGCAGCUUAUUCGGUUUAUAUUUACGAUUAGCGAAAGUGAGUCCGGCCUUUCGAUGGCGAAUGAUAACACCAGUGGUGGGGCAGCUACCACCCCAAGUGGUGAAGUCCCGCGUAGCAGCAAAAUUCAUCAUAGUUUUUAUGCAGGAAAGGAAUGUGGAGACCUUGUUGCUGCGAUGGGAGGUGAGGUUUUUUCCGAGCAACGUGGAAUGAACGGUUCGGGUCAUUGUGUUACGGUAGAACUACCGCUAUUACCGACGCCUUGGGAAGAGGAGGACGACGAAGAUGAGGCACCUACAUCUUCUACUACAGGACCGCCAUUUGCUGUUAUUCUUGCUGACAAGAAUGAGAAGGAGCGCAACAGUGUCUGUAAAUUGUUGUGGGCACGUCGGCACCCUGUUUUUUCUGUAUCGUCAUUGUCGGAAGUGAUGAUGAGGAUUGAAAGCCCGGACAUUGGUCUUCUCAUUAUAGAUCCGUGUCAUUUAGAUAUGACAGAGGGGGAAAGCAAGACAUUUGCCAAAGCUCCCUACCCAUUCAACAUGGAACAUGGGGGAAAUCAUUUCGUUGUCCUUAUUUACACCGAAGACUUCGACGACUGGAGGGUGCAAAAAAUGAAGAAGUGCAGUCACGUGAUUGAGUUGCCCAAGCCAGCAACUACUUCACUGCUUCACUCCACUUUGUAUGAAGCGGAGCGUAUGGUUAUUCGUGUGCGAGAGUACGAGGAGCGUGUGGCUCAAAUGAGGUCUGCCUUUCGUGAGUUCCAAGCUGAGAGGUAUGAAAUGGGUAAAGUAUUGGGCAGAGGAUCGUAUGGUGAGGUUUAUGAAGUCGUUGAUCGACUCACAGGUGGAAAGUUAGCCGUAAAGCGCAUGACUCUUAGCGAUGGUUUAUUGGCUGCAGAUGUUGCUGAGGAAUUUCUGUCUGUGACAUCUAUGCGGCAUAAAAACAUGAUUCAUUACUUCUAUUGUGAGCAAGAGAGUGAGACAGUGCUGCGGUUAUAUAUGGAGUUGGCAUCUGGUGGGACUCUUAAAGAUAAGAUCCGUCAACAUGGUGGACCGCUUCCGCUCCCAACUGUUGUGCAAUACCUUGAGGAUCUUUGUGACGGACUCGCUUAUAUCCACUCCAAUUUGUUCGUGCAUGGGGAUAUUAAAACUGCGAAUGCGCUAGUUGAUCAAUAUGGUCGUGUUAAAAUUGGUGAUUUUGGUACCGCAAAGCGUCUCAAACGAAAAUCGGAAAAACUUUACAAAUUUGUCGGAACCCCGCGUUUUAUGGCACCCGAGCUCAUUAACGCGGACGCCACACAGGGACAUGGCUACGAUCAAAAGGGAGAUAUUUGGUCACUUGGAUGUGUUGCUUUGGAGUUAGCGACGGGGAAACCACCAUUUUGGCAUAUUGAAGAGGCACAAGGUAUAGGUAUAUUCAACUUCCUGAUUAAUUUGAAGGAAACACCAGAUUUGUCGAUAAUCGAACAUAGCGAUCCUGACUUUUAUGCAUUUGUGAGGAGGUGCCUCCAUGUUGAUCCCAAGGAGCGACCAACAGCGCAGGAGUUAUUGACAAGUAAUCUCUUUCAGCGUGCGGGGACGAGUGUGAGGGAUAUGAGGUUGGCGCAGCAAAUACAAGCUGCAACGAAGUUACAUGAAUAUGCGGCGCUUAAGGAAGACAAUAGUGACGAUGAGAAUGACGAUGACGAUGACGAUGAAGAUGAUGAUGAUGACGAUAUGUUCGUGGAGUGUGAUUUUCCGUUAGUGUUCUCUGGAGUUGGCACAUUUCCAAAUGGCGACCAAAAUGUUGCGACGAGUAACCGUGGCAAUAUUGAUAACGAAAAGAAAGGAACUGCAAAAUUGAGUGGGUGA